CGAGCAUGGCCCGCAGGCAGACGCGGGCAACGGGCGGCGGGCGCUGGUUGCCCUGGCUAGGGCUCGCCUUGCUGCCGCUGGCCGUGCCCCCGGCCGCUGCUCCCCCCGGGGGUUGCCCGUCCGCCUGCUACUGCGUGGCCACCCCGGAGCUGGUGCAGUGCCGGUACGAGAGGUUGGAGGAACCGCCGAAGGAGCUGCCGGUCACCGUGCACAACCUCAGCAUCGCCGGCAGCAACCUCAGCAUCCUGCAUCCCGCCGCCUUCGCCGCCCGCCCGCUGCCAGACCUCCGCCUGCUCCGCUUGCGCCACGACAACAUCCAGACCAUCGAGGACAUGGCUCUGCAAGGGUUGCCCGCCCUCCGUACCCUCGACCUCAGCCACAACCCCCUGCUCUGGGUGGCCGCCGGCGCUUUCGCCGGCGUGCCACUGCUACGUACGCUGCAGCUGAACCAGGCGCUGCUGGCCGCCCCGCUGGAGGACCAGCUCGCCUUGGCCCUGCGCAACCUCAGCCUGCAACGCUUGGAGCUGGCGGGCAACGGGCUGCGGGCACUGCCGGCCGCCCUGCUGCCAGCCGGCUUGGAGGAGCUGGACCUGCGGAACAAUUCGCUGCAGCGGCUGACGGCCGCCGAGCUGCGGAUCUUGGAAGCCCCCGGCUUGCGGGGCCUGCGGCUCAACUUGGGGGCCAACCCGCUGAGUUGCGACUGCGCCCUGCGCCCCUUCCUCGCCUGGCUGCGUGCCACCGCCGCUCGCGUGCCCGACGCCCGCAGCCUGCGCUGCGCCGCGCCGCCGCCACUCCGCGGGGCCGCCCUGCUGCGACUGCGGCCCGAGGGCUUGGCCUGCACGGCCAACGAGGGCGGCGAGCCGGGUCGGCUGGAGACUGCCUCUUACGUCUUCUUCGGCAUCGUGUUGGCCCUCAUCGGCAUCGUCUUCCUCAUGGUGCUCUACCUGAACCGCCGCGGCAUCAAGCGUUGGCUCCACAACCUCCGUGAGGCUUGUCGCGACCAGAUGGAGGGCUACCACUACCGCUACGAGCAGGAUGCCGAUCCCCGACGUACCAGCGCCAUCGGAACGCCCGGGCUCUGAUGGCACUCCCGGCAUCCCACCAUCGCCCCUCCGGCAUCCGUCCAUCAUGCCGCCCCUCGACACCUCCGCUCCCGGCAUGCACCUCGUCCCAUCUCCAUCCUCUUGCCAUGACAUCGCCAAAAAUUAGUUUCUGAGGACGAGCCGGUCUCGGGGAUGGGUGUUGGGGUGCGUCGGAGUGGGGAGCACCCUCCCCGGAGGGGUCCAGACCGGCUCUCCCUGCCCGUGCCCUACUCGACCCCAUAGCGCUGAUUCCUGCAGGGGACUGGGCUGGAUCCGUUCCCUCCAUCCCAGCGCCCAUGGGCAGGGGGAUGCACAUCCGGAUUGGCCCCGCAGGAUGCCGGUGCUCCCGGGAGGCUGACGAGCUGCUUCCCGCGUCUCCUCUCCAGCGGCGGGUUUCUUCAGCGGACUGCGGGAUGCCACGCUGCCAGCAGGGCUCGGCACCCCACGCACGUGAGUGUUUGCUUGGCACAUCCCAGGAAGCAGCGGGCAAUACCUGAAACUGUCCUCCUGGAUGUUCCUGGAGCCUGGACUUGACUUUGACCAUGUACAGCUCUCUUUCCUAUUAGAUUUCUAUUUGACAGAUGCAAAACUUAACUUGAUUUCUUUUUUUUUUUUUCUUUUUUGCUCCAAACACAGAGGAAAACACACCGUCCAGCCGCUCCCCCCCCGAGAAGCGGUGUGCUUUUCCGUGCCCCUUUCUCCAUUUGGUUUUGUUCGAUGACAUUUCCAGCUCUUCCCAGGCACAAAACGAUGCAGCUGUGUAGGAAACGCCUCCGCCGGCUGCGUGCAUGUUCCCCAGGGCGUGCGGGGGCAGCCCUUUUCCGACUCUAAAAUAUAUCCUAGACUAGGCUGUCUCAGCACUUUGUAAUUUAAAACGAGCGAAGCAAAAGCUCUCGACCUAGUUCACCCGCUCGUGUUUGCUUCAAAACCGUGCCUGUUACUAUAUCCUAGAGCAAAUAUAUUGAAAGCUGCAUCCACUCUUAUCGUCUAUUUUCUAUAAAGCUUCUUGCAAUGACUUCUGAAUAUCCCCCUGGCUGGGGGGAUGUUACUGCGGUUGCUUUGCCGGAGGAAGGCAGCUUUGGGCUCCUCUGUAGUUUUGCUGGUG